GGAAGAGCGCGGGCAGGGGGAUGCUGAGCUGAAACGUGGUGAACCGCACACCCGUGCAGUGCAGUAACUCAUGGAUUCAUAGAUCUGCCGCCGAGAGACCGUCGGAGGUGUGCACGAGGGCCAGCAGCACAACGCAGGAAGGAUUGCGUAUGAUUCAUUCCGCUCCUUGUUCUGUUGUUGUUGCUGUUGUUGUUGUUGCUGCAGGUGACCCCGUCUUGAUGAUGAGUCGCUCUGCUUGAGGCUAUCUAUCACACCGUCUUCCAACGAUGCCGUCGCUCUCUUGGCAUCUUCUCUGCAUCUGGACGGCAGUGGUGGCCGCGGUGACAGUCAUCAGAGCUGACCAUGCUAGCAGAGGCAGUUACGCUCUUCGGAAUGGCGACGCGCGGGCUGCAGCGCUGUUUCGGCCGAGGUGGCAUCAGAGAAGGGAGAGAGAGAUCAGCGCUGUCCCUCCUCUGACCGAGGAGGACCCUGAGUGCAGCUGUGAAGGUGCCGGCCCUUCCCUUGACUCUGUCGUCUGUUUAUCUGGCGGCAAUCGGCAGCUACCCGGCAUCCUGUCAGUGUGGCUACUGCCGUUCGCAUGGAUACGCAACCUGCUCGACCGUAUCAUCUAUCGUGACUACUACAGCGGCCAGGCAGCCAGCCGCGUCUUCCUUCACCAGCUCGACCACGACCUAAAGUCGCCCGCCCACCCGCGGCCACUGUUCUUUAAGGGUUCAUUCAAAGGUGCGCUCGACCACGCCAGGCAGACGUCGCGUUUUCUGCUGGUGUACAUCCGGCCGGCGGCUGUGGCUGCCAAGAGGAGGGGAGGGCGGCGGCCCACCAAUGUGGAGCAGGAUGUACACUUCCUGACGCGAAGCCUGACGUCGUCUGAGGUGUGUCACUUUUUGGGCGAGCACUUUGUGUGCUGGGGUGCCAUCUCGAGCCAGCAGCAGGCUGGCAGGGCGCUGAGAGAGCUCAAGGUGCGAUCCAAGCGGUUCCCCACUCUCAUCAUCGUGCACUCACCUGGUAAGUAAGGAGCGCUUCCCUUGUAAGCAACCAUAGUACACGCGUGUGUCAAGCAUGCAUGCAUGUUCUGCCUUCAGCCACCCCCGCCAGCCCUCUGAACCCCCCCGGCCCCCCCUCAAUGCGGCCCUCGGUGCUGACGACCCACGCCUGCCGCCCCCCUCCCUCAUCGGCACAAUUCCUCAGCUGGCUCAACACCACCGCCAAUGUGUACGGGGCACGGCUGGACAAAGACAGGGCCGCCAUGGCAGCAUUCAGGAGACAGCGGGCACUCGCAAAGGAGCAGAGGGAGGCCUACAGAGAGGCGCUCAAGUGAGGAGAGAGAAGGAGGGUCGCUAGCUGAUUGUGCCCAUGGUGUGCGAUUGGUACGUACAGGCGCGAUCGAAUGGCAGGUCAUGAAAGGGAGGGGGCCAGCGAGGGUGCUGGCGAGCCGUUGGAGGACGGCAAGGGCACAUUCGACCUUGCUGAUGAACCAGAAGCGACGGCAAGGGACGUCGUGACACUAUCAGUGCGGCUACCCGACGGCAGGUAAGGUGCCCAGACGCCGCCGUAUGUUGGCAUCGCGACGUGAUCUGUGUCACGUAUAUGUCUUGCAGGCGGUUACGUCGGCGGUAUCGGCUGACAGCCAAAUGGGAAGAUGUGUACCAGUGGAUAGCCAACAACUACCUCCCUGAAGACGCCGCCAAUGCACCCCCUCCCCCGCAAGCCAACGGAACAUCCCUCCCCCAGCCACCCCCUCCCACCCCACGAGAGCUGGUGCGUCAGCUGCAGCUGAGCGUGGCUUUCCCACCUGAGGCCAGGAUACGGCUGAGCUGGGCGAGCGACAGGGGAAAGCAGCUGCGGAGGUCUGGGCUGGGGAGGGGAAAGAGUGAUGAGCGUAGGACGGCCAUACUGCAUGCGAAGAUCGCGUGAAUCGACGUGAUUUGUGGUAUGUGGCGUGAUACAUGGCUUUGUCGUGUUGUGGUCGAGUGAACUUGACUCGUGUGUGCGUCCGUCCACACAUAGCUA